AUGGUUGUGGAUCAGCCUGUAUGUCCACCUCAGCUCCUACUGCGGGGCUGGGGACCAGUCCUGCUGUCCCAGUGUUUGUCCUCCGUGUUCUCCCAGGUCCCGGAUCCAGAGCUUAUGCCCACAGAUCCCCCGAAGAAGCCGGACCCCGUCAACUCAGAGACCGUUGUUUUCUGGGGGCUGCGACUAUGGCAGGUCAUCGCCAUAUUUUCUGUGUUCGUUUUAGCAGUCGUUAUCACUCUGUGUUGUAUAUUCAAAUGUCGCAUCCCGAGAACCAAAAAGGAAAUCGAGGCACGGCACGCGCAAAGACUGGCUGCCAAGAAAUACGCCAACACACUAGAAACAGUGCCACCUCUGAACGAGCUGACUGAGAUCCCAGGGUCUGCUCCAGAUGCUUCUGCAGUACAAACAGUCUCUGAGCAGGUCCAAAGUCAAAGCGCUAACAGCAGUCAGCUCUCAGUAGUCAGGGUCAGCGAGGAGCAACCUGGCUCCCUCUCCUUGCCUGAGGCGGAUUGAUGUUUUUCCUCCGUUUCUUCUGCUCUUUUCUUCUAUCAGGCUCUCAUCUUAGCUAAGAGACUUUAAAAAACACAGUGUUUUACUGGUUGCCACUCUAAAAGUCCUCUUCAUGCAGCACCCAUCGAUCUUGUCUUCUGCACAGUUUUUAGCAAUUAAAACACCAAACCACAUUCUCUGAACUCAUUGGUCAGAGCCAUCAAUCCAUCUAUUGAAUCAUUCAGUCUUUGGUAAAAACUUUAAACACAUUUUCACUCAUUAAAACAGAUUUUGCACUGCAGAAGCUGAACACAACUCAAACACAGCUAUCACCAUUUACACACGACUGUAACAACUCACACUAGUUUGUCAUGCUGUUUGAUUAAACCACUUGACUAGAAUGUAGCGCAGUUCAGAGUGCACGGUGGGUUAAAUGUUGAAUGGGAAUCUGAGAUUAGAAGGUGUUUGGGUACACCAGAGAGCUUCUCCUUGUGGCUUUGUUCCCGAGAAAGUUGCCUGUGAUGUGGAAGAAGUCCUCUGGCCUUAACCAGCACAAAGAUGUGAUGCUGGGGCAGAAAACGUCUCUCAUCUCUAUUACUUGCAGCGUUGAAUAUAUAUUUUUAAAAUAUAUUUUUGAAAAUGAAAAAUGCAUUCAUUCCACACACGACACGCUGAUUUAAACCACAUAUUCAUAAAGAAUCAGAGGUUUUGUGAAUGCAGUUUGAAGACUUAGUUCACCGUUUUGAUGAAAGGUUUCAAGAAAUGUGUCUUAGCAGUUGUGAAAACUGUAAUAAUUCUGCUCUGAGAGAAAUUCAAACAAAGGAACAAAAAUGCAUUUUUCCUUCACCUGCUUGCCAGAUCACUUUUGAAAUGUACUAAAUAGAAAAUAGAGCACAAUUUGAAUUCUCCAAAUGUUGCUUCGUGGUGGGUAGAGCCGUAGUAAAUAUGUGCACAGUAGAAAACAAGACUUUUCACAACUACAAGUUCUCCAAACCACAGGACCACAUAGGUUGUUUGUAGCCUCAAAUACAACCCACAGAAGUGUUUCCUAAGCCAGCGCCCUACUGGUCACAGAUCAACGCAUCCUUUUUAAAUACAGUGGCUGUUUUGUAAGGAUUAAGCAACAAAACUACUUGGUUAAGACACUCUGAUGAUCUUACAUAGAAAUAUCUUAUGAAUUGGCUUGAUGAAGUAAGAAGUAAAAAGAUGGUUAAAAAAGUACAAUAUUAAGGUUAUGUCCUUGUCAAAAUGUUGUUUUCAUGAUAACCGGUCUCCUCAAUGAAAGUCCUGUGUUUGUUUGACCCUGCCAUCCUAAAUGGACCUUAUCGAUCUUUAUACUUUACACUUCUUUUCCUUUCAACCUGGUCUCACAGAAAUCCGUGAAAUAGCCGCGGAUUCACUUAACUCAAAAUCCGUGGAAUAGCCACGGAAUCACUCAAAUUUCCGUGAAACUGACACGGAUUUCGUUACAAUGCAAG